AUGUCUGCAAGCAGACAGAGGGAGCCUCUUCCCAAAGAGCCGUCAACAAAUCCCUCAGAAGCCCACGUGGUGUCCGCCGUGAAGACGAACGAUCAAAAGCCAACGUCAAAAAGCCACAAGCACCAGCGAGAGUGCCUUUGCAAGAUGCCACGAGCCCACGGUCCCAAGUGUAAUAGCCCCCAGGUCUAUCAAUGCUUACGCGUGAAGCGUAUUCUCAAAGCCCACUACCCCACGAUGGAGUUUUAA